UUUGACCCCUAGCCUGGGAACCUCCAUAUGCCAUGGGUGCAGCCCUAAAAAGCAAGAAAAAGAAAGAAAGAACUGGGUGGAGUGUGAAUUAAAACAGAACUAAGAGAAUCCACUCUGAAUCUAAGAAACUGCAUUUAUAUUAAUACAAGGUACAAUAAUCUAAAAGUAGAAAUAUAUGUUUAAAUUCUGUGAUUGCAUCCAAGGAUAUAAUUCAUAGUUUUCUCAUAGGGUUCUAUUUAUUGAACACUGUAAAAUAUAUUCAUGAGCAACAUUUUCUUGUAUCUUUCCUUAGGAUAAAGCAGGAGGGGAACAUAAUGAGGGGACGUCUUUUGCCAAUAAAAUGAGGAAAUCCAAGUGGGAACCGGGAGUAAGAGACAGAUCAUCUUUUCUCGAAAAAUAGUUAUUCCAAAGCAGAGUUGCCAUCCCAAAGGCUUAAUUGGCGUUCCUUGUCAAUCUUCCAGCCCCUGUAUAAUGUGGUUUGGACAUUGGCUCUGUCACACAGUUAGGGUCUCUAGGGGUACCCUUCAUCCCAGAUAGGUCACCUCCUAUAAGGCCCUUUCUCUGUGUUUUUCUGGAAGUGCCACUAAACUCUGUGACAGCACCAGAUGACAAUCCUGAAAACUUGAGUGACCCUCACUGGCCAGCACAGAGCUGGCCCACAAUAGGGCCCCCAUUGAAAUGUUACAAAUACAACUGGAUUAAACCUUUUAAGCACUACAUCAAAAAAAUCCUCCAAGUGAAGGAAAGCUGAGUUUCGAAAGAGGAACUUCACACCGAAUCUCUGACCAGCAGCCGAUGAUAUUAUUCAUAUACGAUACUGAUUGGUUCUCCAAAACUAAGAGCACCCAAUCCAGGAACCAAGAAAUGAUGAGUUCCUUGGUUGGCAAUAUUUGAGAUGUGCAUGGGGGAGGGCCCUAGUCCUCCCUGAGUGAGAUUUUCUGCUUCCCUGCACCCUGUCCUCUGCUCUUCUCCUGCAUGGUGCGUCAUUGGUCCCCUGGAAGCUCCUGGACAGUAUUUCUGACAGUGAUACUGAUGGUGCUGAGCCCUCCCCUGGCUUGGGCUGGGGACACCCGACCAGUUUUCAUGAUACAGGGUAAGUCCGAGUGUCAUUUCUCCAACGGAAGGCAGCAGGUGCGGUUCCUGGACAGAUACAUCUACAACCGGGACGAGUUGGUGCGCUUCGACAGCGACGUGGGGGAGUACAGGGCGGUGACCCCAAUGGGGCAGCCGGCUGCCAAGUACUGGAACAGCCAGAAGGACAUCCUAAAGCGGGUGCGAGCCGCAGUGGACACGUUCUGCAGAAGCAACUAUGAAUUUUUUGAGAGCUGCACGGUGCAGCGACGAGGUGAGCAAGGUGGAUGGGCAACCAGGGGAGGGUAUGCGUGUGCGUGUGUGUGUGUGAGUCAGACAGAGAGACUGAGACAGACUGAGCCAGAGGUGAGAGCGUAGGAUUGUGGACGAGCACAAGUUACAAGGUUACAAGUGAGAGCCUGUGAUCAAGGAACACUGUAUGAUUUUGCGAGCGUGUAACUGUGGGAAGGG